UCCCCUUUCCCCCCCUCAGGUAUUACCGGUUCAACGAGGCCCUGGGGGCCGUGGACCCCGAGUACCCCAAAAGCAUCGAGGUCUGGGGGGUCCCCCCGAGCCCCCGCGGAGCCUUCAUGGGGCCCGACGACGCCUUCACCUAUUUCUACCGCUCGCACCUCUACUGGAAGUUCGACAACGCGGCGCUGCGCGUGCUGCCCGGCUACCCCAAAUCCGCGCUCCGCGAUUGGCUGGGCUGCCCCGCGCCGGCCCCGCCCACCCGCGCGCCCGACACCGAGGUCAUCGUCAUCGCCGUGGGGGCGGGGCCCGGCGCGUGGGCGGCGCCCAUGGCGCUGCUGGGCGUGGCCGCGGCCGCGGGGGGCGUGGCCUUGCUCUGGAGGCGCAGGGGCGGGGCCCACGCGCACCUGAGGCGGUGCCAGAGGUCGCUGCUGCCCAGGGUGUAGCCACGCCCACUUUUUGGGGUUUUUUUUUUGGCGCGGGGGACACGCCCACUGGAGGGACGAGCCCGUCCGGCUUGCCUGGACACGCCCACUUUGCAUGGACACGCCCACUUUGCAUGGACACACACAAUUUGCAUGGACACGCCCACCUGACUUACCUGGACACACCCACCUGUUUUACAUGGACACACCCACUUUGUAUGGACACGCCCACCUGAAUUACAUGGACACGCCCAAUUUGCAUGGACACGCCCAGCUGACUUACCUGGACACGCCCACUUUGCAUGGACACACCCACCUGAAUUACAUGGACACGCCCAAUUUGCAUGGACACGCCCACCUGACUUACCUGGACACGCCCAUUUUAUACAGACACGCCCCCAGAUUCACAUAGACACGCCCACUAUGCAAGGACACGCCCACCUGACUCACCUGGACACACCCGCUUUAUAUGGACACGCCCCUAGACUCACCUGGACACGCCCACCUGACUCACCUGGUCAACAUGGACACGCCCACUUUACAAGGACACCUCCCCGAAUUUUCCUGGCCACGCCCACUUUACAUGGCCACACCCCCUGACUCUCCUGACUCACCCGGACGUUCCCACCCACCAAAGCCACGCCCCCCUCGGCAAAAGGGCCACGCCCACACACCCCUCCACUCUUGGCCACGCCCCUUUCCCCAGUUAUGGUGCUGCGGGCCGGGCCCCGCCCCCUCCCUUGCAGCCGAUUGGCUGAGAGGGGAGCGGGGUUAUGCAAAUGAAGAGGGCGGGGUUU